UUUCGCUCCGCCCAGGCUAGUGAGAACAGGUUUUGGCACAGAAUAGAGUCCAGUUAUCCAUAACUGAGAGAAUAACGCUGAGUGUUAAGCUGGCAUUAUUGGAAGUAACUUCUCCCUCUUUUGCCUCUGCUCAAGUGAUAUAAAGAUGCGGGCAUAUCUGGCACUUCUGGUAGCUCUUACAUUACCUGAAUAUCUGGAUGCGUUUCACGGAAUAUACGCCUUCGGUCAGUCCGAGCUCUUCCAGAAAAAGAGUAACUGCAAACCAAUUCCCGCAAACCUUCUCUUGUGCCACGAUAUCGAGUACACGGACAUGCGUCUCCCCAACCUCCUCGGACACGAAACCAUGAACGAAGUUGUGCAACAGGCUUCCUCAUGGAUUCCGUUGGUGCAGAAGCAGUGUCAUUCGGACACCAGAAAGUUUCUCUGUUCGCUCUUCGCUCCGGUGUGUCUGGAUGAUCUAGAUGAGCCGAUUCAGCCGUGCAGGUCCCUGUGCGAAAGCGUGAUGAACGGCUGCGCUCCGGUGAUGGCUGCGUUUGGGUUUCCUUGGCCGGAGAUGCUGAAUUGCGAGCGCUUUCCUAUGGAUAAUGACCUGUGCAUACCACCUGGUGGUGGUGAUGCUUUAGUGCCCGCCACCAAUGAAGUGCCGAAGGUAUGUGAUGCAUGCAAAGAAAAACCUGAGAAUGACAAUGGAAUUGUGGACAGCUUUUGCAAGAAUGACUUUGCUUUAAAGAUCAAGGUUAAGGAGAUCUCCUACAUGAAUGGUGACACCAAGAUCAUUCCGGAAACCAAGAGCAAGACUGUCUACAAGCUGAACGGUGGCGUCACCGAGCGUGACCUCAGAAAAACCGUGCUUUGGCUGAAAGAUGGCCUUCAGUGUGUGUGUGAUGAAAUGAAUGACAUCAAUGCUGCCUAUCUGGUGAUGGGCCAGAAAAUGGAUGGGAAUUUGGUUAUAAAAUCUUUGAAGCGCUGGCAGAAGGGUCAGCGUGAGUUUAAGAGAAUUUCUCGUAGUAUUCGCAAGCUUCAGUGCUAGGACUGAGCAUUGAUGGUCUGAGCGAUCAAAUAAUAUUUUGAAAGUAAUAGCCUUUAUUAUUAAUUAGUUACAGUAUAUACCUAUUAAAAAUGUCAAUGCCAUCUAGAGAGAACAGUUCAGUCAGGGGGACAUUACAGUAACUGUAAGAAAGCAUCUACCCUUUAAAAUGUCAUUAAUCUCGGACAGAUGCUGUACUGUCUGCUAUCAUAAUUAUGGAACAAAGCCGCGUGUCUGUUUUUUAAUGCAGAGUUUUUGUAACUGGAGUGAUGACAGCAGGUGAAGGUCCAAGAUUCAUGCUGUGCACACAUUGAGAUGAAUGUUAAUGAAGUAUUAGAUGAGAUGUUGGCAGAAAAAUGAAAUUACUGCAAAAUCUUUCCCUGAUGUCCAUUUUGAUUUAUUAAUAACAGGCCACAAACAAAUGUAGAUUUUGUACAGAGCCGAAUCAUGACACAGAUGCAUAGCUUUCUUUUUGAUGUAGUUCCUGGUGGUUAAAGUAAAGAAAUUUGUUUUUCAGCAAUGCAAUGACUCAUUCUACCAACAGUAGUGUGUUUGUGGGGGUGUUUUAACUAUUGGGAGUUCUUUUUUUUUUCAGCACAAUGAGAUAGCUGGAUCUAUUCUCAAUGUUUAAUAAAAUGUCCCAUGUGAGACCAGCCUCUAAAAUAUGAUAAAGUUAUUGUGAAUGAUAAAACUUCUGAUCAGACUAGAUAAAGACAGUGUGGAACACAGACAAAUGCAUGAUUUUUAUAACCCGAUUAUUUUGUCUACUUUCUAUUCACAUGUAGCCUAAACAUUGCACUUUUCCUAUGUUAAACCGUUUGUUUGACUUUCAAUUAGCAAAAAUAUAUAGUGUAGGAGCAACCAGUAUUUGUUUAUUUCCUUUCAUGUCAGUUAUUAUAAUAAUUUUCUCCGUUUCUUGUUAUGGUCUCAAAGUCGAUUGUAUAUUAUUGUGUCAAAGUUGGUUAGUUGAAAAGGCACAUGGCAAUUUCAAGACAUUUUGAUCCUAUGUAAAUAUCCAGAUAUUCAGAUUUUUAUUCUUGUACAUAUCAAAAUUUGUAGUAGUUCAUGUUUUAAUCUCAGUAGUAGUAUGUCAUUAUUUUGCAAGUGUUAAGAGUAUUUGUGCAUUUAUUGAUGUAAUUUAAUUUGAUUAUUGAUGAGUUAUACUGAAUCACUAGUCUCCAUUGAUUCCACUAUACAAAGAGCAAAUACAUUUGUAAUGAAAAUCA